CAGUCCAUAAACCCAAUGGCUCUUCGCGUGCUCCUCACCGUCAUCUUCCUCCUCUCCCCUGCCGCCACCACCACUGCCACAUCCCAUGCUCGCUUAGGUGAAGAAAUCCCUAUUUUCCCCUUAGCCGAUCCCGCCAUCCUCCAAGCCCUCGGCACCUCUCACAACACCAUUCGUUUUGCUCGUUUCGCUCGACAGUACGAUAAAAUAUAUGAUUCUGAGCACGAGAUUCAGAGACGGUUUGAAAUAUUCAACCAAAAUAUGGAGCAAAUUGAAGCCAGCAAUCAGAAGGGUCUCUCUUACAGUCUAGCGGCCAACAAAUUUGCUGAUUUAACGUGGGAGGAGUUCAGAGCGCGCUGGUUGGGAGCACCGCAGAACUGCUCCGCGGCUCAUGGAAAUCACAUAAUGACUGACAAGAAGCUCCCUAAAAAGAGGGACUGGAGGAAGGAGGGAAUAGUAAGCCAUGUGAAGGACCAAGGGCACUGUGGAUCCUGCUGGUCCUUUAGCGCGACAGGAGCAUUAGAGGCGGCCUACACGCAACUAACCGGAAAACCUGUAUCUCUAUCUGAGCAGCAGCUUAUAGAUUGCUCCACUGAAUACAAUAACUUUGGAUGCUUGGGUGGCUUCCCUUCUCAAGCCUUUCAGUACAUUAAGGAUAAUGGGGGCAUUGAGGCAGAAGAAUCUUAUCCCUAUAAUGCCUCUAAUGGUGCAUGCAAAUUUAAUAAAACGAAGGUUGCAGCCAAGCUUAUUGAUUCCAUUAACAUCACAAUGGGCUCUGAAGAUGAGCUGAAGCAUGCAGUGGGCAUUGUAAGACCGGUUAGCGUAGGAUUUGAGGUUGUCGAAAGCUUCAGAUUCUACGAGAAAGGAGUUUACAAAAGUAAAAAAUGUGGAAGUUCUCCAGAGGAUUUGAAUCAUGCGGUUUUGGUGGUCGGAUAUGGAGAAGAAGAUGGUGUGUCAUAUUGGAUCAUUAAGAAUUCAUGGGGAAAGGAAUGGGGGGAUAAGGGAUACGUUAAGUUGGAGUUAGGCAAGAACAUGUGCGGUGUUGCUACUUGUGCAUGUUACCCAAUUGCUGCAGCUUAGAUUGAUGCUGCUUCUGUGAAAAUAUAGUGUUGGCGUAUUAACUAAAGGCUAUUGUUAUGGAAGGAAGAGAGAAAAAGAGAACUAAAGAUUGGCAAUUAAAGAAGGGAUGAGGGAAGAAACAAGGUGGUGUGUUUGCCUGUAUAAAAGAGCAGUAAAUAUACUGCAGAAGAAAUCUGUCCUCUUCGGUUUCACCUACCAUUAAUUAAAAGACACUUAUGAUGA